GAGGCGCAAAUUGCGCAGGCGCAUCUCUGGUGGCUGUGGCGGAGUCAAAGAGGGGAAGAAGGGAGGUCGGGGUCCGGGCCUGGCGGUUGGAGUCAGGUGGUGGAAUCCCGAGCCGCAGCCGCCUUAGCGGCGGGAGGAGCCGAGGAGAUCAAGCCUGAGCCCAGAGGGGAUUGAUGGAGGCAGAAACCAAAACUCUUCCCCUGGAGAAUGCAUCUAUCCUUUCAGAGGGUUCCCUACAAGAGGGGCAUCGGCUAUGGAUUGGCAACCUGGACCCCAAGAUCACAGAGUAUCAUCUCCUCAAACUCCUUCAGAAAUUUGGCAAAGUAAAGCAAUUUGACUUUCUUUUCCACAAAUCUGGUGCUUUGGAAGGACAGCCCCGAGGGUACUGUUUUGUCAACUUUGAAACCAAACAGGAAGCAGAGCAAGCGAUCCAGUGUCUCAAUGGCAAGCUGGCUCUAUCUAAGAAGUUGGUGGUACGGUGGGCACAUGCGCAAGUUAAGAGAUACGAUCAUAACAAGAAUGACAAAAUCCUUCCAAUCAGUCUUGAGCCGUCAUCAAGCACUGAACCUACUCAGUCCAACUUAAGUGUCAGUGCAAAGAUAAAAGCAAUUGAAGCCAAGCUGAAAAUGAUGGCCGAAAACCCUGAUGCCGAGUACUCAGCAGCUCCUGUCUAUUCCUACUUUAAACCACCAGAUAAAAAAAGGACUAGUCCUUACUCCCGAACUGCUUGGAAGUCUCGAAGAUGAUGGUUGGGAAAAGCUGUAGCAGCAAAGAAAACUGCUUUAUACACCUGAAAUCCUCUGCCUUUGUACUUUGUAGAUUUAAAUGGUACUAUCCAAGAGCACAAUCACAACGUUAGAGUUUUGUAACAUGGCAUUUUAAACUUUUCUUAUGGCUAUUCCUUGCCCAAAGUAUGUAUAGAAUUGAACACCAUCCAGAAUAAAUUGGAUUGCAUCCAGAACUCUGAUUUUAACACAGGGAUACUCUAGUUGACUGAACUGUUUGCAUUUUGUGAGUCCAAAAAUGUUAUUCAAUAUACCAGACAAAGAGAAACUGGCUGUUUUAACAGAGAAAACAAAAUUUGUCAAAGUGCUCAUUUUCUAAAGAAGUAGGAAUGGGAUGGGGUGGAAAAGUGUGUAUUUUGCCUUGCCUAAAUGCCUUCAACACCUAAGGGCAGCAGCAGGGGUGGAUAGUAGAAGGUGGCCAGAGACUACUUUUGUCAUUCUGUUUUUUAAAUUGUAUUCAAAGGUGUCCCCAAAGUUUUACAGUGUGGAAAUGCCGCAGAUAAGGAAUGGAAAGGAAAAGUUCUUUGCCAAAGAGAGCAGGUCCUUAAUCUGUUUAAGCAUUCCUUUUCUCAUGUUUUAAAUUCCAAAUAGGAAGACAUAGUGGAUGUCUGAAAACUAUUUUAAAGGAGAUAAGUCUAUGGAGCCCAUUGAUGUUUUUUCACCAAGACAACAAUUCAGUCUUGAAAACCUUUUGUCAAGCUAUGGAUGCAUCUUUUUAAAAAUAGUGUUUAGCACAAUGAACUAAUAAACCUGUAAGAGUAUUAAUGAAAAACUUUUAGAAAUUAGACGUCUUCCAGGGGAGUUUUAUAGCAUGAGAAUGCCUUCCUCAGAACUACAUUUUGGCCACCUUUGUGAGUGGUAAAAUAAAAUAGCUCUUUUAGCAAACAUGAAGGCCAAGAUAGUCCUUGUCAGACACCCUCUUUCCUAAUCUGUCACUUUUAAUUCAAUAGCAAAGAUUGAGCUGUGUUGUGGGGGAAGGGAGUUGGGAUAGGGAAAGUGGAAGGAGUAGGAGUUGGGAGUGUGUAUAAUUGGUAUUUCAGUCAUUGGCCUAGUAAUUUAGGGAUUUUCUUUGAUAAGAAGUACUAUAUGACUUGAAAUUUAUUGUAUUGGUCUGAAUAAGCUGUACUUUUCCCUCUAAACCCGGAGUACAGCCUAUGAUCCAGGUCAGGGUUUUCUUUGUUUAGAAGAAAUCUCUUUUUAGGAGGGCAGCUUCUAUUCUGGCAGAUAUGCUUAAUUUUCAUACAUAGAACCCACCUGCUUGUUUUCUAUUUUAUUUGGCUUUGAAAAGCCUCAUGAUAAAAGAAAGUAGAGUAACCAUGAAGCCAAUGGGGAUGGUGUUUCUACUAGCAUAAUUUUAGUUAUUUAGGGUAAAUUUUGGCCAAGUGUUUCAUUGGGUAGCUUGUUCAUUCCUCCAAGUCAUUGAUUUAUUCUGGGUGACACCUAACUUUAUGGUCAAGAGGUUCCCCCUAUUUCUUUAUAAUAAAGCAUGCUCUUUCUCUAAAGCAACACAAGCCUUCCUAUAUUUGUUGAAUAUCAGAAAUGAAGCUUCUUAGCAAUUUCACUGUAUCAUGGUAUAGUUUCAGGAAAUAUUGGAUUUAGAGAAACCUUGUGUAGUCAGGGGUGGGGGUGGGGGAUUGUUUAUUUGUUUGCUUCCUGGUUAAGUGUCUCUUGAGCUAUCUUUUGGGUAGCACAUAUUGGCAAUUAAAUAAAGACAUCUCUUUGGUGCAAGUGAUAUCCCUUCCUAUUCAGAAAGAUAGGAGGGCUUGCCUAGCCAUUGUCUUAUGGAUGGUAUCCCCAGCAGGCUUGGGAUGAAGUAGGACUUAUUUAGUGCAAACCAGUCUUCUAUUUUUAAUAGGAAUUUUGAGAAUAUUUGACUUUGAAUUCUAUAGAGCUGUUUCCUUUAGAAACCAGAGCUAUUUAUUUGUAUUGAAGGCAAUGUUAUGAUUUAUAGCAACUCUUAUUUCUCUAUGUGAAUAAAUGCAAGAAAAUGUU